GUAAAUCCGCCAUGUUUGCCUUCCUUCUAGCGGCGUUGCGACAGAGACGGAGACUUCGAACGACAUGAAUGCAGAAAGUAAUCAUACGGCAGAAACAGAGAGGGAGCAAACGAAGAACGGCAAUGAGACGAUCACCAUCCAGACUACCCUGGGAGACGAAGACGAAGAUGUCCACAAGUGUGGCCGCUGUCAGUCAGAGUUUUCCACGCUGGAAGCUUUCAUUCAGCACAAGCUUCACCAGAGCUGCAAACGUGCGGAGGCUAGCAGCCUCGAUGUCAACAAAGAGGCUCCUGCAGCAGAAACCUGUUCUUCAGAGGUGAUUACGUCUAACAGUGCAUCUCCAGAUGAACCAGUGAAGACCUCUAAUGAUGAAAGCAAUAGUCCACUGGGCCGUGGACGCAGGAAGAGAAUUGUCUCACAUAAAGUAACUGAGGAGUCAGAUGUGAUUGAAGUAUCAGUAUCUGAUAAUGGCGACAGUGACAAACUUGUUUACAAAAUCAACCAGGAGGGACGCUACAUUUGCCAAAUUUGCAAAAAGACAUUUAAAACGACAAACAUUGUAAGAACACACUUGAAAACUCACAGUGACCAGAAGAACUUCUCAUGUGACCUAUGUGGGACUGCCUUUCGUACUAAAGGCUCACUCAUUCGCCACAACCGACGCCACACUGAUGAAAGGCCGUACCGCUGUACACUAUGUGGCCAGUCUUUCAGAGAGUCAGGUGCCCUUACUAGACAUCUAAAAGCUCUCACACCCUGCACCGAGAAGAUUCGCUUCGUUCAGUACAAGGAGAUCCUGGUCAGCAAGGAUGGAAUACAAAAAGGAGUUGAAGCAGAUUCCUCCGCAGUGGCUGACCAACAAGAAGUGGUGGUUGUGGAGCAACAGCCAGAGGAUCAGGAGAUGGUGGAGGCCCAGACCUCUGUUGUCAGUGUGGUUGAGGGUGGUUCCGAAGAGGUUCUUCAUCAGGUUCACUUUACAAUGGAGGUAGACGGAACCACUCAAGAGCAGCAGGUGGUUGUAGAACAGUCUCAGGCCGAAGCCUUGGUUGCUGCUGCUGCAGCAGGCAACAACCUUAUCUGCCAGGCUAUCAUCAAUUCUGGUAUUGCACUGGAGACUGAGGAGUCAGCAGUGGAGGAGACCUCACAAUCAGCAGAGGAGAUGAAUAAAGUAGUUCCCGAGUGUCCUAAUAUUGAUGAGGGCAUCGCAGAGAUUCAGAUUAAAGAAGAAUUUGUGGAGAUAGGAGCUGAGGAAACAGAGGCGGAUGAUCAAACAUCCUCAAAAUUGCACUAUUGUCCACACUGUAACCGCUCCUUUAAAGGCCUAAAUUACUUCCGCUUUCAUAUAAAAGGCCAUUUAGGUUACAAACCUUUUAAAUGCACACUCUGCCAAAAGGAGUUUCUCACUGGUUACCUUCUAAAGAAGCACAUGGAAGUUCAUGUUAGUGAGAGGAGAUAUAAAUGUGGUGAGUGUGGCAAGCUAUACAAAACUGUUGGGCAUGUGCGUGAACACAUGAGAGCACACUCGGAUGAAAGACCCUAUCACUGUCCCAGGUGCAACAAGGGAUACAAAACCAAGAAUGCCUUACAAGUGCAUCAACGAACUCAUGGCGAUGAGAAGCCAUACGUGUGUCAGUUCUGUCUGAGAGGCUUUAGGGAAAAAGGUUCUCUGAUUCGACAUAUCCGCCAUCACACUGGAGAGAAGCCUUUUAAAUGCCCAAGGUGUGGACGAGGCUUUGCUGAGCAUGGAACCCUCAAUCGUCACAUGCGCGCCAAAGGCGGUUGCAAUAAAGAAGAUUACAGUGAGCAGCAUGGUGUGGUAACAGAGGAGCAGGCUUCAGUGGAUGGCCUCUCUUCAGCGGCUAUCAUAUCAGACGACCCUCAUGCCGUCCUGGUGGAGUUCUCCUCAGUGGUAGCAGACACACAGGAGUAUAUCAUCAAGACUCAAACAGAUGAGGAAAUACAAGAAGAAGAGGUCACACUCAUUCAAGAGAGCGAAAAUGAGAUGGGGAACCAGAUCAUGAAAGUAGUGCAACGGAUUGUCAGCCAGUCACAAGGCGCUGGCGGCACGGGCAGCCACCAGAUCAUCGUUCGUAACGUGGGGGAGAACGAGGAAGGCACGACCAUCUCCGACUGCGGCGACACCAUCACUAUCGCGACGCCUGAAAGCCUGACGGAGCAGGUGGCCAUGACACUGGCCUCAGCCAUCAGCGAUGGCACGCUCCUCGCCACAUCAGGCACAGUGGAGACUGGAGAAGGAACGGUUACCAUGGUUACCACAGAGGAAGUCAUGGAGGAGGGAAUACAGAUGGUGCAGCAGCAGGAGGAGUAUGUCAUCACCUCCCCAGAGGAGGUGGAGAUUCAGACUGUUAUUGUAUGAUGCAGGACAGAAACUUGGGCCUGCAACAGAUUUGGCUCAACUGUACCUCGUAGCCAAUUACUGUAGAGUUUGCGUGAAGUUUGUGAGAAUCAAUUUCAAAACAAAAGCCAAAGUGUUUGAGUUUGGAAAAACUUCUUUUUGUGCGUGUAAACAUGUGCAUGAGGGCUCAUUUGAUCUCGUUUGACUUUUGACACUUGGUUUGCUUAAAUAAGGAAAAAUGAACUAGCUAACUUAUAGUUUGCCUACAGCUUGAAAUAAUAGCUAGAAAAGGAAUUUGUCUAAUUUGAAAGUAAAAAAAGAGGAUCAAAAUUUUCAGUGUGUAAAAUAGUUUUAUGAAUAGAGCGGUAACUAAACAUGUCAUUGCCUUUAUUUCUUCUUUACCAAAAGUGAAUUUAAAUUCCUCUCUAAUAUUUCAUUGCAGUCUUCUAGUCUUUGCUUUUGGGGGUCCAGGUUGGAUACAAUCAAGUUUUCGAACCACGUUUUACCAACAUAAAACCCUUUAAAGGCCGACCUGAAACUGCACGUUUGCCUCCUGGUCUGAGGUCACUGGACUAAACAAACAUUUAUCAUUACGCAGCGUUUGAGUUCUGAGCUGGUAAAUGAUAAUGGACUUUAAGCAUGACUGAUGGACUAAUGUGUUAUUUAAGUAGAGUUUGCUAUUAAAUGCUAUUUUUUUAA